CCAGGCUGGACCGCUCCCUGGUGGCCGCCUCUCGCAGUCUGCAUCCUCCGUAGGCGUCGGUCCCUGGGCAUGUGGCAAGGUCAGGACAUCAUUGCUUAGCUCCCUCUAGCAAGAAGCAGUGUGAUGUGUGGAUCGUGAGCUUUCUCAAGCAAGUUGGACUCUAUAAGGCACAGCUAGGCGCCAGGACUGAGAUGGAAGAAGUAGUACCAGUGGAUGACCAGGGCCAGCUCCCAAGCCCACACCAGGGCUCUCUGAGGAGGGCCGUGGCUGCUGCCCUGGCCCUGGAUGGGGAAUCCACCAUGCAUCGCAAGAAAAAGAAGAGGAAAGAGUCCCGCCCAGAAUCUAUUAUCAUUUACCGGUCUGAUAAUGAGAACAUGGACGAGGAACCUGAGGAAUCAGAAGGUGGAGAUCAGCCUAAAGAGGAGGAGGGAGAAGAUUUCUUAGACUAUCCUAUGGAUGAUGAUGGUAUGUGGAACAUGCCUUUGGACAGCCGCUAUGUCACGUUAACCGGGACCAUCACACGAGGGAAGAAAAAGGGGCAGAUGGUGGACAUCCAUGUCACACUGACAGAGAAGGAGCUGCAGGAACUGACCAAGCCCCAUGAGUCCUCACGAGAAACAGAGCCUAAAGGAAGACAGGCCUGCCAGGUGGGAGCAGACCAGGGGCCCCAUGUGGUCCUCUGGACACUGGUCUGCCUGCCUGUAGUUUUCAUCCUCUCCUUUAUUGUCUCUUUCUACUACGGUACUAUCACUUGGUACAACAUCUUCCUUGUGUACAAUGAGGAAAGGACCUUCUGGCACAAGGUCUCCUGCUGCCCCUGUCUCAUUCUCUUCUAUCCAGUGCUCAUCAUGGCCAUGGCUUCUUCCCUGGGCCUCUAUGCUGCUGUGGUCCAGCUCUCGUGGUCCUGGGGAGCAUGGUGGCAAGCUGCCCGGGACAUGGAGAAAGGCUUCUGUGGGUGGCUCUGCAGCAAGCUGGGUCUAGAGGACUGUUCUCCCUACAGCAUUGUGGAGCUGCUUGAAUCUGACAAUAUCUCGGGCAAUCUCUCCAACAAGGACCCCACCCAGGAAGUAGAAACCUCUACUGUCUAAACUUCCAACAACUUUUUUCCUCUGGCCUCAGUACCUAUAUAUUUCCUGACUUCCAGCAGAUUUUUUUCUUUAAAUCAUCCCCUACCCACUUACAGUUGUGGAAAAAUGCUUGCCCAUGCUGACCUGUCCUACCAUGUGGAUGGUUCUAAAAUGGCAGGGAAUAGAAAAGUACAUAAAUCCUGCCAAAGCAGUCCAUCCAAUAGACAAACUUUUUUUGAUUCAUGGCCCUAAAAUGAUCAUUUACCUGUGACAGGGAGAUCCACUGUAUAUUACUGUGGGAGUUUGGUGGUAUUAUUGGUAGCUCUAACUCAAGGAAGUGUGUGACCAAAUAUGACAGGGAUAACAGAGGCUCAGGAGUGACCAAGUCCUUCAAGCAAAUACAUAUACGUGGAGUGAAACACUGGGGAGAGGUUGUGGUGUAAUAGAAAGUAAAGAUUUGUAUGCCUCGCUUAGAUUUAGUUUGAACUGCAGAAAAUUAAAUCCCCCGAAUAUCAGUGGUUUUAAACAAGAUA